AUGUCAUUCGAAAGGGCGCUGGCCGAUCACACGCAGGCCUUCGCGUUCUUCCACCCUUUAUAUACAGCGGACAAAUCGGUGAUUCGCAGGUUUCGGCGAUUACGGUACCGGCCGCUUCUGCUGCGUCUCCCCGUGCCCAACCACUUCCUCUUAUUUCUCUUUAGCGGGCCCCUGCGCCGAUGUUUGAGAGUAUUUGAUGCAGCUGUACGGGCCGUCAGUGAGAGGGAAGAGAAGUUGAGAGACAUCAGAGAACACGGGAAAACACAUAGACUCCUCCUCCGCAUAGUCGGAUUCGUAUUGUGUAGACGGACGGAAUGGAUAAAAUGGACGGUUGGUUUGUCGGCUUUCUGCAGUCGAAACCAAUAG